AAAUAAUAAGACUUCAGCCUGCUGUCCUGGGUCUGCUUACAUCCAGUACUUCUGAGGGAUACUACACAGCGCCCACCUAUGACUUGAUCAUCUUGGUCCUGAUUGGUAGCUCUUGAAGAUUGUGUGUAGUCUCUCUGAAUGCUCCGUGAAGCUCUUCCUAGAACGACGAUUCACCCCAGCGAUACAUUUCAAUUGGUUCACAGAAAUGUCAGCGCACUUCCCACAGAAGAGGGAAGUCAAAAACGUUUCCUUGAGAAAACGAUUCUCCAAAAAGACAGCUGUGGAGGUACAGCCGAACAACACGGACUGGCCCAGACCCUGUGAAACAUCGCAACCAAAUCGUAUAACCCGUAGCAGCCGUGUCUAAACCACGAAGCUUGCAAAUUCCUGGCCUUGGGCGCAGCUGAUUUUUUGCCUGGCUCCCAUACAAGCAGGGAUCAAAUAGAACAGACAAUUGAGUCCGCAAUUUAUCUGACUGAUCACUACAAGCACCUAGAAAACCCUCUAUCUCUCCGUCAACAACAUCAACCGUGUGUCACUUCUUCAAUAUCCUAUCGGAGGAAUCUUCCAACCCUGCGACGACAUAACUGGGAUAAGGAUAAGGAACUGCACCGAUUUUAUCGGCGCGCUUGUUGGAAGGGCAAUCUCACCGUGCUGCAAACCACGAAAUAUCCCAACAUUCCGAGUGAAGCCACCCAUGCUCCCAAGUCGACUGAGUUUUUUAGUCAGUGCCCAAAAAGCAAAGCCAGAGGUUCAAAUUGAAGAGAGAAAGGAGCAGGAGACGUCUCAAGAUGUCUCAAGUGCAUGCGAUCGGACAUCUACCAUCUAUCUAUCCAUUUCUGCCAAAGUUGUGGGUGGUGAAGCAUGGAAAACUUGCUCGGACUUGUUACCAACAUCGGCAGCUGUUACCAAGAACAAAGAAGACCUUUUUUCCAGAGAGCAGAUCUGUGCUUCAACUGGCUGUUCAAAAGUUGUCUUACACAAUGGGAGCGACCACAAUUUUCAACAGCCGGCAUUAUCUGCCUCAAGGUCCUGCCAAAUUAAAAGUUCCUGUGUGCCCCAUCAAGGAUGUAAUCCAUACCUUCCUUCCAUACCAAUACAUAUCUUCCGGAUCCAUGAUCUCAUGAGCAAUCCAACUCGGAACAUGAUCGCCAAUGAACGAUCGGAAUGUGGGCAGAUCGUCAUGGUGCCGGUCAAAGUGGUAGUGACUAUCGAAGAGGUAAUCGUCUUCAUGGUCAACAAACUCCUCCAUAGUAACUCCUUCUUCACUUGAUUAAGGUGACUUGUGCAGAACCUGCACACAUAGCGCCUCGACUCGUGGAAAAAAAAGAACUGGGGGGGCAGGAAACUGGGGACAGGGGAACUUGGGAGAGGGAACUGGAAACAGGGAACUGGGGGCAGGAACUUGAGGACAGGGAACUGGGGGCAGGGAAUGUAGAACCUCAAGUCGCUGAGGCUGAUCUCCAACUAUGUAGAACCUCCAUGCACCGUCUUUUGUUUUCAAGGAACUCCAACCUCUUCCAUCAGAGUUGCCCAUAAAAGUAGCUGACGCACCCUUAUGUCUUGAUACUGGGGAGGCCCACCUUGGCGACCCUGGAAUCCACUGCAUUUUUGGCGCUUGGUUUUGGGGCCGUCAAUAGGCAAGAUUUUCGCACGCGUCGUGAUCCGCUUGGCCGCUUCACAUUGUUCCUGAUCAGUCAGCUGGUCUCUGGAAGCCGGGUGUCCCUGACGCAGGGCCGCGCAGGACCAGCUGGAGUGGAAACUGCAGGGAGAGAGCACGGGUCCUGCAAUCACGCUGUGGGAGAAUAGAA